AUGACACAGAGGAAAUCAAACGGAACCAUACGAUGGGUUCGAAUGGCAGGUACAGCUGCGAUCCUUGCAGUUGGUAUAGGAGCUGCCAUUUAUGCUUGGAGCCAAUCUUCGUCAUUAUCGCAGACAGAUGAUAAUCAGGGGAAAUCAGUUCAAAAGACCAAAGGACCUUCCAAAGCCAUUAUCAUUACAAAAUCUGUAGCUCAGGUGGAAGGAAUCGAUUGGAUCAAGCUGUUGCAAGAGGAUGUAGUCUUACUAGUGCCACCAGGAAUUCCAUUCUUGGAAGAUAGAGAUGAAGAAGAGUCACCCGCUCAUCGGUACAAGAUAAUACGUUGUGAUACUAUGAUAGGAUUGUGGUCUUGCGUUAAACAUUUACAAAAGGAACAGUUAUUAUAUGUGGAAGAGGAGAUUGCAGAUGGGUUGCCAAAUGAUCUUACUAGGUACGUUAAAGAGUUGGUCAACUGUAAGGAUUCAGAACAUUUGAAAGCAUCAUGUGUGUAA